UAUGAGCCCGCGUUCGUGACCGUGUAUUAUAUUUUCUUCUUAAUCCAGUGACGCAUGGGAAAUGGAUGUGUAGACGGAGGAGGGAGUGUGGUCAGAAACAAGUUUCACCCAAAAUGAAUAUCAUUAUUGAGGAUUAUUUCGAGGAUGGCCCAGAAGUCGGCUUGUGUCGUCUUGCUAGCGCAUCGAAAAAAGAUGCAGCAAAGAGAGGAGAAGCAGCUGGAUGCGUCAGUGGAAUCUCUUAUUUCCCGAGUGGCUCACGUCAAAAACGCUCUUCUGAGUUUCAUUUUCAAGCUUGAGAAUGAGUACGAGAGGUUAACAUGGCCUUCUGUUUUGGACAGCUUUGCACUUCUCUCUGGGCAGCUAAAUACCAUUAAUAAGCUAUUAAAGAAUGAGAAGACGCCGUCUUUUCGUAACCAGGUCAUCAUUCCGUUACUCCUGUCUCAAGACCGAGACGAGGAUUUAGCGAAACUCACAGAGAAGCGGGUCCCUGUGUUCAGCCAUGAGAUUGUUCCAGACUACUUGAGGACCAAACCUGAUCCAGAGGUGGAGGAGCAGGAGAAACAGCUGAGUGCAGAAGCAGCUCGGAUUGGUCCUGAUGUUGCACAAAAACAGAUCCAGACGUUGAACAAGUUGUGCUCCAAUCUGUUGGAAAAGCUGAACAAUCCUCGCGACGACAGAGAUGCAGAAAGUGCAGCAUUACGACAGAACAAACCUUCUUUCAACCCUGCGGACACCAUUGCACUGGUUGGUGCAGUUGCUUUUGGGAAGGGGCUCUCCAAAUGUAGACCUCCUGGUCCCGUCGCUCCAGGGCAUCCGGGUCAAGGUUCCAUGAUAAAUGGAGGUCCAACAUUACAGCAGGUCACCACGGGGGGAGGACCAAGCCAGCAAGGAGGAAUUGGGGGGCCGGUGGCACCACAACAGCAAGGACAACCAGGAAAAAUGCCCAGCAGCAUCAAAACCAACAUCAAGUCUGCCUCUGGCUCCAUGCACCCCUACAACAGAUGAUCUCCCGUUUGACAUGUGACCCGAAUGCACCCACUGACCCGCAGCGCCACCAGUGCCGCUGUGAAGAUGACGCCUGUUUUUCUACCACAGCUGAACCACGAGGUGACAGUGUGAGAUAUUGUAUCACUAGGAAAUGUUUGCUUAUACCACAGUUACGGGUGAAUAAAGUUGUUGGGCAGUGUUGAUUUUUUUUUUUGCUGGAAUUCUUCAAAAUAACAGUUUUAAUAAUUACCCCAUGACUGCUUUGUCAUGUCUGUUGUGUUGUCACAAACGCGUUGACAUGAGACAGUCAAAAGACCCACCUGGUCCAGGAGACGUCUUCAUAUCUGUUUCCUGAUUCUCUUUGCACAUUUGGCCGCAGCAGCAAAGGUGAGAGUAAUGAGUGUGGACGGAACUCUGUGUGGCCUGAUAAUGUCACAGUGUUUAAGAGGGGAAAUAAGGAAGUAUGAGUGCUGACGUGUGAGGGGGCCCCUCUCGCUCUCACCAUGCUGGCUUUCUGUCCACUCCAAUCCCUGUGACCGCUCUCCUGUCACAGCGUGGCGGCCCGUGGCUGACCUACAUACACCCUCUGUCCCCAAACAGGCAGACGUCGCGCUGUGUCAGCCGCCGUGCUCAGACGCUCUGCUGAGACAGCUCAAAGCUGCACAAGGUCACGGUGACAUCAACAGAUGAGCUCGGAAAUUACCAAACAAAGAGCCAACAGGAAACAUCCAGGAAGAUGACAGACAGCGUGAGCCGCUGUCUCACUGCUGUGUGACUGCACCUUCUCUUUUUUACUUUCUUCCCGCUCACUUCUAGCAAGCUUUCGCCGCAAAAUUUAAAUAGAGUCAAUCGCAUCAUCUUUCUUCUCUCCGUCUCU